AUGGACGCUGCUUCGGAACCAGAAAACACUCUCGGAGAAGUAUCCUUACCUUCUACCCAACCGAAUGUUCCAGAGCAGCCGAAUUUCCAAAAUAUAUCUGCCGUCCGCUCGAAUACAAUGAAAUUUCUGCCAAAUUUCUUCUUCCGCCAUCAGCUCUCAAAGAUAUUCAUUUGUUUUCCUGACCCGCACUUCAAGGCGAGGAAACACAAGGCAAGGAUUGUUUCGACGACACUUAAUGCUGAAUAUGCAUAUGUACUACGGCCUGGAGGGAUGCUAUACACAAUUACAGAUGUGGAGGAUUUGCAUCUAUGGAUGGUUUCGCAUUUUGAUGCGAAACCUGCAGAUAACGAUCUCAACUCCCAUGAUAUUGCUGAGUUAUGGGAACGUGUGAGUGACGAGGAACUUGCGGCGGAUGACUGUGUUCGAGUGAUGCGGGAGGAGACAGAAGAAGGCAAGAAAGUGACAAGAAAUAAUGGGCAGAAAUUUGUGGCAGUUUGGAGGAGGAAGGCUGAGCCGGAGUGGCCGUCCUAA